AUGGUAAUGGUUUGUUUUUUUGGGUUAAAGAAGGAGAGUUUUAGAGCAGGAACUGCUGUCUUGCCGAAAUUUUUUCUCCAAAAUGUUGGGAAGGAAAGUUUUGAGGUCUUGAAUAGAGGUAAGAAGAAAGUGGCUAUAAGCAAUUUGCCUCAAGUAAUGGUCGAGAGUUUUUUGAGAGAUUACUUAGAUAUUGAGUUUGUUUUUGGAAGAGAAUUAAGGGUUUUUGGUGGGUUCUUUUUGGGAUUAAUGGAAGAAAAAAGGGAAUUUGUUUUGGAGAAGAAUGCAUCAAAUCUUAUUGGAGUCAGCAGCUUCAGGAAACCUUUUCACUCUCAAGGGUCUUCUUAUUGUAAGGAUGUUUAUUUGGUGAGUGAAGGAGACAGAAGGAAUUGGAAUCAACUUCCAAGGAAUUUAUAUCCUAAGCCAUUGAUAUUCCAUGAUGGGAGAUUGGCAUUUAGGCCAUCUUUUUUGGCUACACUAUCCAUGUUCAUGUGGCUUCCUACGGGAUGUAUUCUCUCUAUCAUUAGGAGCUUCAUUGCCUUGUCAUUGCCUUAUAAUAUGGCCAUUCCUAUACUAGCUUUCUCCGGGAUCCAACUUCGUCUAAAGAACGUUCCAGAGAGGCGACUCGGCUCAGCCUCAGAACAAGAAUAUAAUAAAACUCAAGGUGGCCUUUUAUAUGUGUGUAACCAUAGAACCUUAUUGGAUCCUCUCAUGAUCUCUUAUGGACUCAAAACUCCAUUAACAGCAGUUACAUACAGCCUAAGUCGAAUGUCCGAGCUCCUAGCACCAAUCAAAACCGUCCGAUUAGCACGCGAUAGAGAUCAAGAUGCAAUGUUAAUGAAGAAAAUGUUGAGUCAAGGUGACCUAGUAGUUUGCCCUGAGGGCACAACUUGUAGGGAACCUUAUUUGCUGAGAUUUAGCCCUUUGUUUUCACAACUAUCCAGUGAUCUUGACCAUUACAUGUUGCCCGUCGCCAUGGAUUCUCAUGUUAGCAUGUUUUAUGGAACAACCGCGGGAGGGUACAAGUGCCUCGACCCCCUCUUCUUUCUCAUGAAUCCACGCCCUACUUAUACACUUCAAUUCCUUCACAAGGUACAUGGUGUGGCUGCAAAUUUUGAUCACGCCGAAAAAUCAAAGUUUGAUGUGGCUAAUUCGAUACAAAAUGAGAUUGCUAAGCAAAAAAUUGUACCACCAAUCUUGUACUCCUUUUCUGAUCAAGAUAGUAGAGUUCGUUAUUAUGCCUGUGAAGCUCUGUAUAACAUAGCAAAGGUUGUGAGAGGAAAUUUUACAGUGCUCUUCAAUCAGAUUUUUGAAGUUCUGUACAAGCUUUCCAUCGAUUCAGAUCCCAAUGUACAAAGCGCUACUUACCUUUUAGACAGGCUUGUAAAGGUUAAUAGAAGUGUGACUGCAGAAAAUCCAAUCUUCAUCAUCUCUUCGACGCCAGUUUCCAAUCACAUGCAAGCGGAAACGAAUACAAUGCAAUCUUCACAAGCUAAUGAUUUUGGGGUCCUUGAGCAAUAUCUUGGAUUCCAGAUUGGAGAUGCUGCUAAUAGUUCUAUCUUCAUUAAGCAUUGA